GUGGGGAUGACACAGAUAGCAAGUCCUAGUCAGAGCUGCCGCUACAUUUAGGAGAAAGCAGUGUCUGCGGCUGCCACUCUCCAAAAGGGCCCGUGGGGGGCAGCGUCAGGGGCAUGGACGCCACCCCCCAGGGGUCUCUGCCGCCAGCCGCUCUCCUCUCCGCGCACUCAAUACAGCCCCUCACUCAGGAAAACCGAAGAUGGGACACAUUCAAAAGAAGGUUCACCUAGGUCCACGGGGCAAGAGAGUUCUGGGGGUGAUCAGACAUUGGGGUCCCUUCCACAUCCCUGGGCAAAGAGAUGGAAAUCAGAUUCUCUAAGACUCCAAGAGAAGGUCUGGAAGCCUGCCUGGGGCUAAAGCUUGCGUGAACGAGACCUGGGUACUUUUGCUGCAUGCUCUGGGGUGUCUAUGCCACCAAAUGCCCACAGAUCACCUCCAGCAGACAUCCUAAGCUGCAGGAAGGGAAAGAGUCCUGUUAUUGGGGAGAAGAAGACUCUGGUCUGCCAUUGCCUGGUGCUCCUGGACUUUGUGUGCCGUGACUGCAUGAAAAUAAAAGUGUGUCGGGCAGACUGUAGCUCUAAGAGCUCCUUGCAGGAGAGGAGAACUUGAAGGAAAAUCAGCCCCUCCAGGACCCUCCACGCCACCGGGGCCCCCAGCGGCCUGCAGGCGCGCGCCGCGCUCGACCUGACCUGUGGCCGAGUGUCGUCACCGUCACCAUGGCGCAGGAGAACGCGGCCUUCUCGCCCGGGCCGGAAGAGCCGCCCCGGCGCCGCGGGCGCCAGCGCUACGUGGAGAAGGACGGCAGGUGCAAUGUGCAACAGGGCAACGUGCGCGAGACCUACCGCUACCUGACCGACUUGUUCACCACGCUCGUGGACCUGCAGUGGCGCCUCAGCCUGCUCUUCUUCGUGCUCGCCUACGCGCUCACCUGGCUCUUUUUUGGCGCCAUCUGGUGGCUGAUCGCCUACGGCCGCGGCGACCUGGAGCAUCUGGAAGACACCGCAUGGACGCCGUGCGUCAACAACCUCAACGGCUUCGUGGCCGCCUUCCUCUUCUCCAUCGAGACGGAGACCACCAUCGGCUACGGGCACCGCGUCAUCACCGACCAGUGCCCCGAGGGCAUCGUGCUGCUGCUGCUGCAGGCCAUCCUGGGCUCCAUGGUGAACGCCUUCAUGGUGGGCUGCAUGUUUGUCAAGAUCUCGCAGCCCAACAAGCGCGCCGCCACACUCGUCUUCUCCUCGCACGCCGUGGUGUCCUUGCGCGACGGGCGCCUGUGCCUCAUGUUCCGCGUGGGCGACCUGCGCUCCUCGCACAUCGUGGAGGCCUCCAUCCGUGCCAAGCUCAUCCGCUCGCGCCAGACGCUGGAGGGCGAGUUCAUCCCGCUGCACCAGACCGACCUCAGCGUGGGCUUCGACACGGGCGACGACCGUCUCUUCCUCGUCUCGCCGCUCGUCAUCAGCCACGAAAUCGACGCCGCCAGCCCCUUCUGGGAGGCGUCUCGCCGCGCCCUGGAGCGAGACGACUUCGAGAUCGUGGUCAUCCUCGAGGGCAUGGUGGAAGCCACGGGGAUGACAUGCCAAGCUCGGAGCUCCUACUUGGUGGAUGAGGUGCUGUGGGGCCACCGCUUUACAUCAGUGCUGACCCUGGAGGAUGGCUUCUACGAGGUGGACUAUGCCAGCUUCCAUGAGACCUUUGAGGUGCCCACACCUUCAUGCAGCGCCAGGGAGCUGGCAGAGGCUGCAGCCCGCCUUGAUGCCCAUCUCUACUGGUCCAUCCCCAGCCGGCUGGAUGAGAAGGUGGAGGAGGAAGGAGCCGGAGAGGGCGCAGGUGGGGGACCUGGGGAUGACAAGGAGCAGAAUGGCUGCCUGCCACCCCCAGAGGAUGAGUCCAAGGUGUGACCAGUUUUCUCCAGACCCCUGUGGCAGACAGGGGGCCAGACACAGGUACAUGGGGAGCUGGAUAGUGGAGGUGCAAGAGGAGGAAGCAGGCAAGGUCGCAGGGAAUAUGCUGACCUUGGAGAGGCCCCCUGAGAACUUGAGUCUAGGAUCCAAUAGGAAGGGAGGGGCCCUGGUUUCAGAAGAGUGGAGGGUGGGGAAGGGUGAGCAUACCAGUCUGUGUUUGACCUUCACAUCUCUUCAUGGGUGGAUGGACAGUCGGAAGGAUGAACUUGUGGGGCCUGGAUGGGAAGGUGGUGGCUGAUGGACAGGUAAAUGGGCUGUGGAUACUGGAAGCACACCUCUGCAAAUUCUAGAAAGGUGCCCUUUUCCUCCAGACAGAUGCAGCCCCAGGCCAGACGCAUGGCUUGGGAAAACAGUCUUACUCACCUCCUUGGCCAGCCUCCCUGUGUGUGGCCCACCUAAUUGGACACGGUAGCCCACACUGAACCAGAGGAGAGAGGCCUGGGUGGAGAUGGGCACGGGGGGAUGGUGCCGUCCCACCUCCAUCCUCCCAUGGUGACAGGCUCAGCAGAAGAAAGGGUUGCAAGGAAGCUUGGCAAAGUAUCAGGGACCUUAAUCCUUGAGGCACAGAGCAACAGGCAGCAGGAGCAGAUGCCAGAGCUGGGGCCCUGGGGCAAGGGAUGGAUGUUUUGUGACAGUGAAGUGAGAUCUUGCAGGUAGCACUGCAGAAACACAGAGAGAGAGGUUCUGCAGCUGAAGAAAGGCCAGGGGCAAGAUCUAGAGAGUGGGAAACCCUUGGGAAAGCAGAUUUUGUCCUUGGGGGCACUGUGGGAUCAUUUAAAUCACUGCUUGGAAGUUGGGUAGAGUGGACAUUCACCAACCUGGUUCCUAUUGCUGGAACACAGGGCACAUGGGAAGAACAGGAAUAUACCUAUGGCAGUGGAAUGAGGUCCAGUUCACACUGAGAACCUGUGCAAUCUCUUGGAGCAGGGGAUGGGAUGGUUUUGGUAAUCAGAAAGCUAGGAGUUGAGUAAGGCAAGGGAAAUGAUGAAACCCUGCAGUUGUAAAACUGCUGUGUACAGAAUCACCUGGAGACCUUGUUAAAACACAGAUCGCUGGGCCCCACUCCCAGGGUUCUGACUCAAUAGGUCAGGUGGAAGCCAGAAAUUGCCAUGUCUAACAAGUUCCCGGGUCAUGCUGACGCUACUAGACUGGGACCACAUUGCAGUGGGGCAUGUGAGCUGAGGACCCUCCGGGAGCAGAGAAACAGGAAGGGUAGAGUGUUGUGUGUGGGAAGGGAGACCUAAGCACUGGCUGAAGAGUUUAACUAAAGCAGGAAAAGCUUGUAAGACUAAAGAGGCAGCCGCUCAGGUGCAAGGUCCUGAGUUCGAUCCCCAGUACCAAAAACAAAAGAAAAAAGACUGAAGAGGCCGAAGUGACUAUGAGAAAAGAGCGGAGCCCAGACGUGUGGGUGUGUCUGUGGCCUGCUAUCUGUACCACCGAGAUAGGGUCAUCCCAGGAUGGAGAGGGGAGGGCAGAGAGAAGGGGCCAGGGCUCAGUUGAGAGGAGCUGAGGUUAGCCUCCCAGGGAAAGGGUAGCCCGGGUAUGUCCUUGGAUGGCCCAGGGCUCUCCCUCCAGGCCUGGUACUCCCCAUUCCCGUCCUUGCAGAAAAGUCUGAGCUGCUUGGAAGAGGCAGGCACCCCAGUCCAUCCUGGUCUAGGCUGGGAAGCAGGGAUCCUGUGGAGCACUGUGUCUCCUAAGAGAAAAGAGGUCAUCCUUGUUUAAAGGACUUGAAGAACCCAAGCCCUUCAGUCCAAGCAUGGAUGUCUUUCUGCCUCAGGUCCUAGGGCUACCUGAGUUGCCCUCAGUCAAAGCCAGGGCCCCUGGAUGCUAGCAUUGGCUGCUCCCCCAAGAACAGAUGUGGGGCGGGGGAAUGGGGAGCGAUCCAGGGUUAAUUCAGUGAAACAGAUGAGUCUGGACAGGUGAGGUAGCUUCUUGGUUCCCCCACACACUCAUUUAGCACUGAAGCUGCUGCAAUGGAACAGAUGGAGAAACUGAGGCUACAGCAGGCCCCUCCUGCCCGGAAGUCACUGAGAUGCUGCCACACCUGUCCUCGCCACCAUCACUGCUCAGGGCACCACUGUACAGGGCAGUCAGGAGACAGGGGUUCUAGUGCCAACACUGUCACUGAUUAGCUGUGUGACUCUGAGCAAGUCCCAUAAGUCUCUGCGCCUCAGUUUCCACAUCUGUAAAAAUGAUAUAGCAAACUAGUAAAACUCAAUAAAUGUUAAA